UGUUUGAUUGUUUAUAUUCCCGUAUAAUGGAUACUGCCACCGUGGAGCCGAGUAUGUACACGGUGAAAGCUAUUAUGAUUCUUGACAACGACGGAGACAGAAUUUUAGCGAAGUACUACGAUGAUACGUGGCCGUCAACUAAGGAACAAAAAGAAUUCGAGAAGAACCUUUUUCAGAAAACGCACAGAGCAAACGCGGAAAUUGUGAUGUUUGAAGGUGUCACAUGUGUCUAUCGUAGCAAUGUAGAUCUCUUCUUCUAUGUCAUCGGGUCAUCGUUUGAGAAUGAGUUGUUACUUGUCAGCGUGUUGAGUGCUUUCUAUGACUCUGUGAGUCAGAUGCUCAGGAAGAACGUUGAGAAGUCUGCUCUGUUUGAUAAUCUUGACGGUGCAAUGCUCAUCUUGGAUGAAAUAGUUGAUCGUGGCAUAAUCCUUGAGUCUGACUCAACCACAGUUUCACAAAGAGUUGCAAUGAAGAUGGAUGACGUCCCACUUUCGGAGCAGUCAGUGACACAAGUCGGGAAACACGUGCUCCAGACGGCGAGAGAUCAGUUGAAGUGGUCACUCCUGAAGUAGUAGAACUGCUCUUGACUAGAAUGAGUUUGUUUGAAACUAUAGAAAAUAAUACAUUUCUCCUGUCAGUUGA